GAUUAUUUAAUUAAAAAGAAAACAGAGUGAGAGUUCCACCGGCCGAGUUCCAAUAUUCAACGACUCAGGAAAAAUAAAAAGUCCAAAAAGAUCUGAUCUUUAGAGAGAGAAACACUUUACCCACUCAGUUUGGGCGUUUUUUCAUGAGUUUUGAGAGCUUGAAGAUGGCAAGCUGUGAAGAGAAGGUGGUUCACAAUCAAGAUGAUGAUGAGAAGCUCAUCUCCGUUGAGCUUCCUGCGCCCUCUUCUUGGAAGAAACUGUACCUGCCAUCGGAAGGAGGGAAGGUCGUAUUUGUUUCUCCAACAGGAGAGGAGAUCAACAACAAGAGACAGUUAAACCAGUAUCUAAAAUCUCACCCCGGUAACCCUGCAUCUUUGGAGUUUGACUGGGGCACCGGGGAGACUCCUAGGAGGUCAACUAGGAUCAUUGAAAAGAGCAAGUCAAGACCUCCGUUGACUUCCGAGAUUGAGACGCACAAGAAACGGCGCCGGACUUCCCAUGGGAGAAAGAAGGACACCAAGGAGGCCGAAGAUGAGCCAGAGGGCGGCAAGGAGGAGGAGAGAGAUGCUGAAGCAGUCAAGGGAGAAAUGGAGGACAAGAUAGAAGUUGAAUUGCCACCUAAGGAGGUGUCCACUGAGCAUAAUGAUGCUAAAGGCGGUGAGGAUAGAAAGACCACGGCAGAGGUUAGCCAAGGUGAAGAAGCAGCUGCUGAUAAGGAAAACCAGCCAGAGGUCAAGUCCGAGGAAAAUGGCGCUGGGAAAGAUGAAUCCAAAGAGGGAAAAGAGAAAUGCCAGCUGCUGGAUGACAAGAUAGAAUUUGAAUUGCCACCUAAGGAGGUGUCCACUGAGAAUAAUGAUGCUAAAGGCGAAGAAGGAAAGACCAUGGCAGAGGUUAGCCAAGGUGAAGAAGCAGCUGCUGGAAAGGAAAACCAGACAGAGGUCAAGUCCGGCGAAAAUGGCACCGGGAAAGAUGAAUCCAAAGAGGGAACCGCUGAGGCUGAGAAAACUGAUGAAAAGAUCAGUCAAGGUGAAGAGGUAGAAGCAGCUGGAAAGGAAAACCAGCCGAAGGAGGGGACUGCUGGGGAUGACAAAGCUGAUGGGGAGGAGGCACACGAUGCCCCAUUAAGUUCAAGCAAGGAGAUACCCGUUGAAACCCUGGAAAGCCAGGGAGACGAAGAAGACAGCUCCAAGGCUCACAAAGAGGAUACCGAAAAUGAUACCAAUAAUAAUAAUAACAGCAACAAAGAAGCAGUGAUAGAAAACAGUGUAGUUGUUAGUCAGCCUGAACCCAUCAGCUGCUGAUGAGUGUUUUUAUUUUAUUUUUACCUCAUUACAUUUACCUGUCUGUGUGUUGUUUGGAUGACUGUAAUUACCUGACUGUCAUACACUAUAUGUGUUAUAGAUGUGUAGUUUUCAGAUGUCUGUCAUGACAAUGGAGAAAUUUAGUCUGUAAUAAUAAUCCCACAUGUUAAUGACAUGUAUUUCAUGUUGUAAUACUAGAAACCUUGAUUUCUAGUUUUCUCAUUAGUAAUAAUGGUUAUUAGUAGCC